GUGAAGUGGAGCCGAAGGGCCAAAAGUGGAACCAAGAAACCGCAGAAGAAGAGGAGAGAAGAGGGGAGGGCCGGCCGGUUGGUGUUCGGGUGCGAGCAAGCUUCCGUUUCCGGCGUGUCCAUGCCAAAUCCAGCGGCUCCGGCGUAUAAAACCAGCCCACCUGUCUGUACUUACUUCCGCCCUUUCUAUAAAUGUUAUUUUCUAUGUAGCGCACCCCAUACAUACAUAUUAUAAAUCAAUCCCCCGAUUUUCUCUCUCUCUCUCUCUCCCUCCCCUCUCUAUCUACACCCCAACCGUAUUGUGCUUUCACUCCCUCCCGUCUCCCCUCCACUCUGAAACUCAAACCCUAGAUCCUUCCCCAUUGCCUCUCUCUUCACAAGCCCUGGCCGCUGCAUCCCGACAACCUCCCACACAGACUUUAGAGUUUGACUGAUUUAAGCGAGGUGGAGAUGGAGGAUAGUGGAAAACGGGGCCAGGAAUCGGCCGCUGACGGACAGGUCUCGGAGAUCAACCUCGUUGACGCGAAUGUUGAUCGCCAAGAAGAAGAAGAAGAAUUGCCUGCCGAGGCAGUUGCAGAGAACCAAAACCCCCCUGACGAAAGGUCAGAGGAAAAGAACACUCCCGACAAGGAGCCUGACGACCAAAACCCUAAUGAAAAUUCUACCGAGGACCAAAACCUUAACGAUGGCAAGGAAGCGCCUGUACCGGAAUCUCACCAGAGUGAGAAGAAGGAAAGAUUGUUGAACUUGCCUACUGAGCCAGACGUGCCCACCCCUGCUGCUGUUACUGAAGCUGGCGAAGGUCUUAAUGGGUCGCCUGAAAAUAAAGAUGUGGGUCAUGAUACUGGUCCAGGGGGUCAGCAUGAACCCGUUACUCCCAAUACCAUUUCAAAUGUCAAAGCUGAAGAUAACAAUGAAGAUAACAGUAGAGAUACAUCCAAUAAUUGGUUGAGCGUUUCACAGAUGGAAGAGGAUGAUGAAUGUGGAAGUCCAGAAGAGCAAGCAGCAUUUAUGAAGGAGCUGGAGAGUUUUUACAGAGAAAAGGCCUUAGAAUUUAAAGCUCCUAGGUUUUAUGGGCAGCCGCUGAACUGCCUCAAACUGUGGAGAGCUGUCAUCAAAUUGGGUGGAUAUGACCGGGUUACUGGGUCCAAGUUAUGGCGGCAAGUGGGAGAAUCGUUCCACCCCCCUAAGACCUGCACAACUGUCUCAUGGACAUUCCGCAUUUUCUAUGAGAAGGCACUUCUGGAAUAUGAAAGGCAUAAGACGCAAAGUGGUGAUCUCCAACUUGCUGUUGCAGCCAUUCCUGAGCCUUCAAAUGCUGAAAAUGAAGCAAAUGGUUACCAAGCUCCAGGAUCAGGGAGGGCACGAAGGGAUGCUGCAGCUCGUGCCAUGCAGGGUUGGCAUGUUCAGCGUCUUUUUGGUUAUGGUGAAGUUGGUGAACCUAUUAUUAAGGAUAAGAACUUGAAUAAUAUGCCAAAGCGUGAAAAAAGUCUCAAAAGCAUUGCUGUCUCAGGUUCACUUAAACAGAAGAGACCAACAGAGGUGGAGCACCCUGUCAAAGCUGCACGAACUGAAACAGCUAAGCAAGUUGUGACGACAAUUGUUGAUAUUGGUCCCCCUGCUGAUUGGGUGAAGAUCAAUGUGCUGGAAAAUAAGGAUUGUUUUGAGGUUUAUGCUCUAGUCCCUGGUCUGUUGCGUGAGGAGGUGCGAGUUCAGUCAGAUCCAGCUGGACGCCUUGUAAUUACUGGCCAGCCAGAGCAACCUGACAAUCCUUGGGGUAUCACAGCCUUCAAGAAGGUGGUGAAUUUGCCAGCAAGAAUCGAUCCACUCCAGACCUCUGCUGUUGUUAGUCUGCACGGCCGACUCUUUGUCCGUGUUCCUUUUGAGCAGUCAAAUAUCUGAAGAUAGUUUGAAUGGUUCGGGAUGUUCAGGGUAUCAGAUUUUAUGGAAGGACUAACAUUUGUAGGAAAGAUUGAAUGGUAGACCAGAGAUGGAGCAAAAUGCUAGCAAUGCUGAACUAGCAAAACCUACCAACCUUGUGAAUGCUUAGCCAUGACUAUUUCUUUAUUGUGUAUGUUUGCGUUUUAGCAUUUAGCGGUAGAUGAUCCCUUGUGAAUUGAGGAAAACAAACCCAAAAAAGAAGAAACAGGUAUCAGAUUAGAUGCUAAGGAGGAUUUUCAGCAUAAGCUGCCCCAAUAGAUUGUAUGGCUUCGCUAUCAGAUUUGAACUUUUAUGUAUCAGUUGAGACUUUCACCCCCCA